AUGGAAGUAAACACCAGCGAAAAAUUGAUUGAUGCGCCAAAUACAGAUGCUUCCCUGUGGCAUUGGGCCAACAUGACUGCAACUUUGGCCUGCGAUGCGAUAUGUCGGAUCAACAAUGGAUUUCGAGAUCGUGGCACUUGGUGGCAAGCUCUUGAAAAUGCUGCUGAACAAGUAUGCUGGGGUUGCGAUCAGGAGCCAUGGCCUAAUGAAAGAGAUUAUGGCCACCAGAUAUGGCAAGCAAUCCAUCAAGCAAGUCUCCCCAUCCGUACUGUGGCUGCGCGAGCGAACUUGUGGAGUGUGCCAUGCCCGAAGGGAAUCCAGCGUCGCGAUCGCGGAACCCGCUGUUUGAUAGGCCAUUUUGUGUACGGAAUCAUGUGUUUUUUCAAGUGGAUGGGAGAAGCCGGACAAGAAAAUUUUGCUUUAACAAAUCUGGAGAGUGUGAUGGACCUGGCACCAAUAGUCGCAAAAGCACCUUGCAAAGAUGAGUGGGCAUUCCCUGUUGCAGAGGUUUCGGAAAACUACGAACGCAUACUGACGCUUGUUUGGCACCGGCACAUGCCAGUUCCAACACACUGGCUCCCGGCAUCUGGCCCUUUGCAGUGCAAGCGUCAAAGACUGAGGGAGCCUCAAGAGAGACGCAAAAGACAAAAUCCAGUCUCUCCAAGAGAGACACUGAAGGUCUCUAAACCAUCAGAACCUGGGGCCCAAUACAAUGUCCAGUGCUUGGUUCUGGUGGUUUAUCCGCAGGAAGUGGAGAGAAUGUCAAUGGUGUCGGAUACCUAUGCCAAACACUGUGACUCUCUCCUCUUUUUCACCGCUGGACCCGCACCUUCACAUUUCAGAGGAUAUCCGGUGGUGAACCUUCAGAAUGGCUUCGACAUUGGCCCUGAUUCCCAAGCCAACAGCAAUGUCAGUGACCAGAACACCAUUUUCAAAACUUUUUUAGCAUUCAAUUUUGCCGGGCUAGCUAUGCAGCGAAGCUCUUCAAUACCUGACGUGAUUUGUCGGUUGGAUUCUGAUACGCUUUUCCUUCCCUCAAACCUGCGCCGUAUUCUGAGUUGUCGCAAUUUUUCUGCUUCGGAUCUAUGGGCAAUUGGCAGGGAGAAUUACGCACACAAGCAUGAGCAACCAGGUCGUGUUUUCCUUAAUGGUGGUACAGGCAUAUGUUUGUCGCGAGAGGCCGUGAAGCUUUUGUCCUUGGAGAUACAAACGGGAAGAUUCGCAAAAAGCUCAUCCACUAAUGAUUGGAACACUGGUGAUUGCGUCGUUGCUCCUGGACAUUGGGAUGAUGUUGCCCUUGGUGCAUGCUUGUCUAAGCUGGGAGUUCCCAUUUCGCGGUGGGGAACUGAUUGCGAAGGCCGUAGCUUAUUUUGGCCGGACGAGCUUCAGUAUGCUUUCUCCGGGCCCGAUCAGAUUUGGCCGCGAAGGUGGCCUCCGAAGGGUUCAUACUUCCAGCCUCCAAGCACCGAAAGAUCAACCAAGCCCCGGACAAAUCGGCAGCCCGACGUUGCAAACUACCAUUUUUGGCUGUACCGGGUAUGGCAAUAUUUAUCUUGCCACCCAAAGCUUUGGUUGGCUGAUUAUCCUGUCAGCUUUCAUCCAUAUCGAAAUAGAUCACAGGGCAGGAGGUGCUGCCGCGGUUGUUGA